CAUUUUCAGAUAAGGAGUUCAGAGAGCUUAAAACUGUUGUCUCACAAUGGUAUGACAGCAACAAAAGUCUUCCUAUGCUGAAAGUGUUGUUCAGAGACAAGGUGAAAAACAUAAAGCUAUCAAAAAUAACUGACACGAUGGACUUGCUGAAUAUAUUAUUUGCACAUGGUCAUCUGAGUUCACAGAAUCUUGGAAUCCUGUGCGAUACUAUUAGCAUUACCGAACAUUUGGGUCUUUUAUCGAAGAUUAAAGAAAAACUGCCAUCAUUCCCAGAUGUUAAAGAAGGAACCAUUUCAACAAAAUUUACACCUCUCAGGCAAAAGUUGAUAAAAUUUGGAAUGGUACUGACCCCAGCCGAUGUGAAGCAGAUCGAUGGAACAUACAAUACGCCUUGUAAGGAGUAUACUGACGGCUGGAGUAUGAUCACAGAUCUAGAAAACAGACUGAAAAUCAGCAAAGGAAAAUUGGAGGAAUUCAUUGGUUCGUUGGAAACCCUUAAUCUGCCACUGGCAAUUAAUGCGCUAACAGAAGGUCUGUAGGUCUAAUCUGCAAAUACUGUUUGGACAUCUGUUCCUCUUCUCAACU